AUGGAGUCCAAAGGUGGCAAAAAGAAAUCUAGCAGUAUGAGUUCCCUAGAGUAUGAAGUUCCCCUCGGAUACAGCAUCGAAGAUGUCCGACCCAAUGGAGGAAUCAAGAAGUUCCAUUCCGCCGCCUACUCCAACGUACGGAUUAGAGACCCAGCUACCUGGAUUUCAUCCUUUUUAUGCCAUAUAAUGCUGUCUGAAUUCUCACCACCUGGAUUGUUCCUUCCGUUGCAGUGUAUGAGGAAACCAUCCUGA